AUGGAGCUUCUUUGUUCCCAUACCGUUCAGGUCCAUAUGUGUUUUGCGAUCUGGCUGGCCUCUGCAGCCUACGCCCCGAUGUACGGAUCGUGGGGUGGCACGGGGAUUGUGAAAAACUCAUUGGUGGGCGCCGCCCCUGGGGAGGGGGAAGUGUUAGUGAUGGGAAAGCUCCCCGAAUUUGUUUUGGUUGUGCAUUUUGCUUUUGCGUUUCUCCACUGGCAAUGGUUUGUGGUGCGUUCAAAAAUUGCGAUCGGAAGGAAAUUACGGUGUUGCGUGGGCUUCCCCAGCCAUCCGCGUCUUGCUUCCAUUGGCGCCCUAUCCAUCCCAGGACCGGUGUUCUCCGUUUCCGGGGCUAAACGUCGUUCUUUUAGGCUUGCAAUAUUCAUUCCGCUAAACGGCAUGGCGCAUUUAAGCACCAUGCCCGAUGCGAGCGCAACUACGGCAGAGUGCUUUGCUGGAUGGCGCUGUUGCCUUGUUAUCCUCCGAUGGCAAAAAAGCCGCCAAGCAAACCUUUGA